UUAUCAUCAUUUUGAUGAUGUCAAUUCAAUUUCCAUAAAUAAACAGUAAAGUAUAAGAUUUUCAAUAAUGAUUUGUCUGGUGUAGUGUUUGCUUGGUAAGCUGCGGUUUCUCAGUUUAACGUGGUUAUCGAUCAUGCAACGAUACAUAACAAGUGAUAUAAAUAUAUGGUAAACGAUGAAAGAAAAAGAAUCAAUGGAUAUCUUAAAAUUGUUCAAAUUAAUUUUCUGGUGAGGUGAACUUUCGAACUUAUAUGUAUGUAUUUGUGUUUUCCUCGCUAUUUUAAUGGAGAAGAUUAAUCAAAAGAUCGAAACAUGCGUGUUUCGAAAAGAAAAAUGUUUCAUGGAUCGGAUUUAUUGUUUCAUCAUUAAACAAAUUGAUAUUUGGUAUUAUUAAUUGUAUGAUGUAUAGAAGAAUAAAAAUAGUUGGUGAUUCGUUCAUAGAUGAAGAACCAUGAUGAACGUUAAUCAAUGCUACAACACAGCUGUAAAAAAAUAUAGGUAACCGGCAGAUAAACAGAUGGAAGGUGAAAGAGCAAAAAAGAAAUUUCAACAAUGAUAAAAAUCGUAUAUUUUCUUGGCAAUGAUUUCCUCCGGAACUGAAAAGGUGUUUAAACGAAUUUAAAGAGAUAAAUCCAACGAACCAGAGCGAAAAAAGGGCAAGAAAAAUGGGCUCUCUGCCAAAUUUACAUGAAUUGUCGAAGGACAAACUCGAAAGUCUUGCUUAUAGACCGGCUCCGAUCGGUGGUUUAGGACCCAUACGACUGCCAGCUCAGCCUCCGCCGUUAGCACAUACUCAUAGACGCGCUAGAAGCAGUGGUCAUCAUCAUACCUUGUGGGACAAUGAUGCUAUGCUCGAGCAUAUGGCAGCAUAUUCCCCAAUUUCCUGCCGAUCAACACGAACGUCUGCAUUAUCAUGGCGUCGACGAGACUCGAUGAACUCAUCUGCAGGAGCGUCAUCCGUUCGUCGGCUGAUCGCUGCGGUGAGGACAGCUCCUUCCGGUCCAAGACCUCCGAAAAAAGUGAUCCUGAGGCAUUGUGCUGCUCUUCUCUUAGGACACGCGAGCUGUUCAGCUGCUAUGCUGCCCAUGUUCCCGUUACAAGCUGGCCUCGGUACCUUCAAUCUUCAUCUGGGACCGAUGUUGCUCGCUCUUCUUUAUGCAAUUGCGACGAUUACUAGUUGCUUUGCUCCAAUUCUUGUGCAAAGAUUCGGGACUAAUCUCGCAAUAAGCACUAGUCAUAUGGCCACCACCGUUUUCGUUGGAUUACAUUUAUACCCAAAAUGGUACAUACUAUUACCUAGUUAUGCAUUGUUAGGCGCUUGUAUAAGUCCAAGUUUCAUAGCAAGAGUUUCACACAUAAAUACUUCAGCGACAAGUUUAGCUCUGGUAUGUGUCGAUCCCGAGGAUCCUGAUGAAACAAGACGCGAGUGCCUUCUGAGAAGACUUAAUCGAGCAAUCAAAUUAGCAGAAGACAUAGGUCUCGCACUGGGUUGUUUAAUCGCUGCCGUACUUGUAAAACUAAUAGAUUCAAAACCUCUCAAUACAAUAAGCAGUGAAAUAAACGACAUGUGCGGAGCAGAAUAUUGUCCAGAGGAAAUUUAUCUUUAUAAUAGUACAACUAAUUUAUCGACAUUAUCAUCUGGUACAUCAAAAAUAUUGGUCAGCAUAUGGUUAGGCCUUGCUGUUUUAGGCUUAAGUAUAUCGUGCGCUUUUCUCGACUCCAGAAUGAAAGAACCGCAAAGUGUAAACGAAAAGCAUAGCAUGCAAAAUAUCCUCGCAUCUGUGAAAGCUGCAUUUCUGGAUCCUAAGUUACAGCUGGCUGCACCAUUAACACUUUUUAUCGGACUUGAACAGGGUUUCAUCUAUGCCGAUUUUAUAGAAGCAUAUGUAGUUUGUGCUUUGGGAGGAGCUAGCACUGUAACUAUCAGUUUUUUAGCUUUAGCCUCUUUACAAGCUCUCGCUGGUGUCACUUUAUCAAUGUUAUUAAGGCACAUUAAAAGAUAUUUCGUUGUAGUUGUAGGAUUUGUAUUUCACGCAUGUUUAUUAUUGGUUUUAACCACCUGGAGACCAUCCGGUGAUGAUCCAGCACUUUUUCACGUUAUAUCUGCUGCCUGGGGAGUUUGUAACUCCAUUUGGGAGACUUUAAUAUACACAUUAGUAUUAGGUUUAUACCCAAAUUCUUGGCAAGGACCUUUAUCAACGUCCCUCUUUUGGAAAUAUCUUGGUCUCGCCCUCACUCUUGGCUUACAUGGAUUGGUCUGUACACGAUUUCGAGUACUUGGCCUUUCCGGUGUGCUACUUCUUUCAGUGCUUCCUUAUGGAUGGUUAGAAAUUAGAUUGGCGAAAAGAGGGAAAAGCUUGGCACCAUUGUGACUGGGAGAUCCAUCUACGAAUGAUCAUAGAUCAAGUAUCAAAACAGAAGCUCGUUAUAAAGAUUGAGAUAAGUUCGUUCCAUUCGGCUUAAGAAGGACAAGAAGACAUAAUAGAAGCAGAAAUCCUUUCAUGGAACAUGCUUCAAGUAUUGCAAAGUUACGCACACGAAGAAGAGCAAACAGUGUUGCUUUUGCUUGUAAUAUUGAACAAAA